AUACAGACAAUCUUUCCCACAUUUUGGCUUUUUCUCAAAAGAAAUCGCUGUUACUUCCACAUAAAUAAAUUUUUGCUAUGUUAAUAGCGUUGUAGAUACAACUAGAAUAGUUUUUACCAUGAUUACACUCAAUAGGAAGUUGAAAAAGGAACAUACGGAGCCGCCGAAUGGUGUUAGCGCGGAACCUUGUAGAAGAAUAUCUGUGAGAGACAAAUUACUAGUGAAAGAAGUGCAAGAGAUGACUGAGAACCUUCCCACGACGUGCAGUGUUAGUUUCGAUGACCCAAACAUGUUAAAUGAUUUUGUAUUAACGGUGGCUCCAGACGAAGGUUACUGGCAAGGGGGCAAAUUUAAAUUCAAUAUUUUCGUCACAGAAGACUACAAUAUGGCACCACCCAAAGUAAAAUGCAUGACCCGCUUGUGGCACCCAAAUAUCAAUGUGGAUGGAGACAUCUGUCUGUCUUUGCUGCGGCAGACUUCCAUAGAUGAGCAUGGUUGGGCACCAACGAGGAAACUUAAAGAUGUUGUGUGGGGACUUAAUUCAUUAUUUACUGAUCUCUUAAACUUCGAAGAUCCGCUCAACAUAGAAGCAGCAGAAAUGUACAAAAAGAACAAAACGGAGUUCCAAAUCAAGGUACAGGAAUACAUUGCCAGCGCCGGCUCCAAGGGCAAAAGAUGAAAAUUGUGAUAACACUAAGUCAUUUUACGUAGCUCUUUUACUUCAUGUUAUUUUUGUCGUAAUAUUUUUUAGGGAAAGUUUAAAUACUCUCAAAGUGAUAUACGCGUAUAUGAAAACGAUUAUGAAUUGAUAGAUAGAGUAUAUUCAAUAGCUUGAAACACUGCAGCUAUUUUACACAGAGACCUAGUUACAGCUUUGUGACUACCUAUGAUAAAAUAAUAAUUUCUAGAUGCGUCAAAUUGAUUUGCCACCUGUUGGAUGUGGAGGUAGCACAAACUUAUUUUUUGUACUUGCAACUGGAAUGUCUUAAGCCAAAUAAUUAUGAUGCCAUUUCAAAGUCUCCUAUAGUGUGUGUUUUUUGAAGAUGGAGUAAAAUGAAGUGUUGCCCGCCUGCUAUCAGAUAGUGGUUGCAGUCGAUGAAUACUCUUAUCGACUAAAUGUAGGUUACGUUUAUGCAAUAAAUUGGCGAACUUGUUUAAUUUGAUAUAGAGUUCUUAGGUUUUCGCGAUUGUUACACAUAGGAAAUGAAACUAUUUUUCCGGAUUUCAAUGUAUACUCCGGACUUCAAAUGUAUACUUGAAUCCGGAUUUCAAAUGUAUACUUGUUGACUCAACAGUGGCCAUGGGAUCUGCAAAGGGCCCGAAACGUUGGUUUGUUUGAAAAAACAAAUAUACACGAUUUAAAUCCGGAAAAAUAAUUUCAUUUCCUAUAGUUUAAUGUUAUUUGAAUCAUCGUUGGCCCAUAAUUCCUCCAACUAACACAGGUUCAUCUGAACCAUCAUGCGAAUAUCCGCAUCCGCAUCAGCAUUCAAAUUCAUUGAUGCGGAUGUUCAUUGCGGAUGUUUUAUACGCCACAUGACCUAAAAGGCAGGUGAGCUGUUGUUUUUAAAAUAUAACUUCGAUAAAAUUCCACAACAAUUAAGCUUGACCGAUUGAUCGUUUUCAUGAACUCUGAUUCUUUUAUUAUAAUAAAAUCAUUGAAAUGAUACUUUAUUACAAUACCAAAGAAAAUAGAAAUCUUUUUCAUGUAGAUUUCAGUAACAAUGUAAAUUUUCCGCGUUUUUUAAAUACAUAAAAUCUGCUGUGUAAUCACUGCAUCAGUGACAACCCUGGUUCAUAUAUACAUACACUGCAUCAAAAUAUAAAGUGGAGACAUAUUUUAAAGAUUUUUAUUUUAAUUCGACAUAGAUAAAGAAAUCCGUUAGUUCUUAUUAAAAUGUGUAUUUAUUUCGAUGUAAAACUAAAGAACGUCUUAACACUAAAUAUUCAGAUAUUUUUGGCAAAAUUUUACCUUUUUUUCACAAGCUAUCGAUAAAACUGUCAACAACAACUACAUAACAAUUUAAAAAUUUAAGAAAUCUGGCAACCCUGCAAAUGUCAAUUUACUCCGUCUUUAAAAAAGACAGACUAUAACCGCUUCAUAAAAAAAUUGCCAUGUAAUUAGUUCAUCUGUUAUUAAAAUCUAUCAAUUCGUGUAUAUUAUUGUCGUGUAUAGGAUUACGGUUUUAUUUUUACAUGGGAUUGCAAUUUAAAUCUACUUCAUAAUGUUAUUUCCAAUAAUAUGAUAUUUACAAUUUUGUCAAUGAAUAAAUUAAAAUUAGCUAUUAGUAUGCCUGGCCAAAUAAUUGUGCUUGUUUUGUGUGUUUUUUUAAAUUGUAACAAUUAAAUAAACAUGGUAAGAUAUUGUUGUAUAACUUUGUUGUAUUACAAUAAUUGGUAUAGUUCUCCUUGAACCAAGCAAUAAAUCAAUUUACUGUAUAUUAAUUAUUACGAUUAUCUUUUAUUCAAGUACUAUGUCAAAUUUUAAUGGUACAUAUCGCUGCUUCUUACAGAUUUUACAACAACAUAUUAUACAUACCUAUAUAUUAAAU